AUGGGCGACCGCCGCUGGCGACCCGCUUCCUCUCCACCAGCUUGGGAUGGUGUCUGGGAUGCAACUCGCUUCGGAAAGGCGGCAAUUCAAAUUGUUGAUACUGGGGUAGAACUUGGCGCAGAGUCUAGUGAAGACUGUCUGUAUCUGAACAUCUGGACUGCGACUGUGGAUCCGUCAGCGCAGCAACCUGUCAUGGUCUGGAUUCACGGCGGUGGUUUCCUAAAUGGAUCUUCCUCGAUGGACGUUUAUUCCGGUCGAAACCUCGCUCGUCACGGAGUGGUUGUCGUAUCCAUCAACUAUCGUCUCGGCGCUUUUGGGUUUCUGCGUCACCCAGAGGCCGGUGGCAAUUUUGCCGUCUCAGAUUGGGUUGCCGCUUUGAGAUGGGUAUCAGGGAAUAUUGAGGUGUUUGGCGGACAUUCCCAGAAUGUCACUAUAUUUGGCCAGUCCGCUGGCGCAGUCGCAGUCCGGACUUUGCUAUGUACCCCAGCUGCUCGUGGACUUUUUCACCGUGCAAUCAUCCAAAGUGCUGGCUUUGAGGAUUACGCUGCUACACCAUCGCCAAAUGCAGAGCGUGUCAACGACGCGAGCGAGGAACUCCUGAAUCUCUUGGGAAGCCAAGAUCUAGAGGUACUCCGUCGUGUUCCCACAGAGCAGAUUCGGGCCGCCUCAUUUACGGUAUGCGGGACUCGACCGCCUCCUGGAUACCUUCAUUCUCCGGCAAAUUUAGCAUGGUACCCGGUGCCCGAUGACGAGGUUGUAACGAGAGAAUUCUCCGGCUGGGAUGAACAUGUCCCAGUUCUGUUUGGCUGCACGCAGCAUGAAGCCCGAGCUUUUUGGCGUCCAACGGGUCUUCACACGAGUCCUGGUCAAGAACCGUCAGAAAUAUAUACCGUUGACACUUUGGCCAAUAUGGCCAAGAUCUUAGCACGCGGUGGCGACCAUGAGAUGACGAAAUAUUUUACCAAUGCCAAGUUCAGUCCGUAUCAAGCGCUCACAGAAUUAUGCACUGCAGCUAUUUGGACGGAGCCGGCAAUGGCUACUUACCACAGGUUUUCUGCCUUAAAGCGUACGACUUACUGCUUCAUAUUUUCGCGUAUUUCCCCUGCUACCCGUCGUUCCGGCAUGCUUGCCUACCAUGGUGCCGAAAUACCUUAUAUUUUCGGUAACGUGUCACACAAUGGAGUUUUGCAGCCAUGGUUCGCAAACAAGGCAUCGGCCGUCGAUGUUGGUCUAUCCGCUACGGACAGAGACUUUGAUGCGAUUGACGUGCAGAUUGCGGACGAUGUCCAGAAUGCCUGGGUGACCUUUGCUCAAAGUGGAAUACCUCAGUUCUCAGAUGGCUCUCCAUGGCCUAAAUGCGAUACGAGGAACAUGCAGUUGACAGUUAUUGGGGAUAAAAUGGAAGCAAAAUACUGGGAUAUGAACAGGGUGGUCAGCAUUCUCAGCUCUUUGCGAGGUCAAACACUGGAUUGA